UAGGUCCCUCUGCUGUGCCGUGCUGGUUGUGUGGCUGAGCCUGGGACCUUGUUGGGGCCCUGGGGAGUCUGAGAGGGCAGAAAGGACUCUGAGAGAGGAGCACACCUGGCACCUGGUGACCCCCGACGUGAUUUCUCGGGACGAGGAAGAGUCUGGCAGCGGAUGGCAGGAGGAAGCAGGGCUCUGGCCUGCUGGUGAAGGGAGCCAGGCCUACAUUAGAGUGUAUCUUCUGUGGAGAAGCAGUGCUUCGUUCUUAAAGGGACAGAGUGCAUUUGUAAGAGCAGUGACCUCGUGCUCCACUAACAUGGCCUCAGAGAAGGACCUAGACAAGAGCUGGGAGGAGAAUCAGUGCCCAGAGAGUAAGAUGGAGCAGACCAAGUGCAGCCUGAAGAAUGAGGAGAAAGAUCUCAAGACAGAGAAUGAUAAUGAGGGGAAUGAUGACUGUGAUGAUGUUGAGUAUGAGGAUGAUGUUCAGGGUGAAGAUGACCAUGAUGAGGAGGAGGAAUAUGAAGAAGAGAUUGAGUUGCUCUCAGCCCCCUCUGUGCCAGUCAAGCAGCUGCCUCAGUGCCCUGAGUGUGGGCAGAGCUUCAAAGGGCACUACAGGUUGAUUGAACACCGCCGAAUCCACACGGGCGAGAAGCCCUUCAGCUGUGCUGACUGUGACAGGAGAUUCACAGAGCGCUCAAACCUCAUUAAACACCGCCGAACCCACACGGGCGAGAAACCCUUCAGCUGUGCUGACUGUGACAAGAGAUUCAUGAGGCGCUCAAACCUCAUUGCCCACCGCCGAACCCAUACGGGCGAGAAGCCCUUCAGCUGUGCUGACUGUGACAGGAGAUUCACAGAGCGCUCCACCCUCAUUAAACACCGCCGAACCCAUACGGGCGAGAAACCCUUCAGCUGUGCUGACUGUGACAUGAGAUUCAUGAGGCGCUCAGGCCUCAUUGUCCACCGCCGAACCCACACGGGCGAGAAGCCCUUCAGCUGUGCUGACUGUGACAUGAGAUUCAAAGAGCGCUCCGGUCUCAUUAGACACCGCCGAAUCCACACGGGCGAGAAGCCCUUCAGCUGUGCUGACUGUGACAAGAGAUUCACAGAGCACUCGAGCCUCAUUGUCCACCGCCGAACCCACACGGGCGAGAAGCCCUUCAGCUGUGCUGACUGUGACAAGAGAUUCAGACAGCUCUCACACCUCCUUGUCCACCGCCGAAUCCACACGGGCAAGAAGCGCUUCAGCUGUGCUGACUGCAGCAAGAGUUUCACUCACAAGUCUGAUCUCACCCAGCACGGUAGUGUGCACACCACUGAGAAGUCCUUCAGCUGUGGGGACUGUGGAAAGACCUUCAAACACAGCUCAAAUCUCACCAUCCACCGCCGCACGCACACCAGAGAGCACCUGUACCCCUGUGCAGAGUGCAGCAAGAGCUUCACCACGAGCUCACAGUUGAUCCAGCACAGACUCAUCCACAGCGGUGAGAAACCCUACAGCUGCAGGGACUGCAGCAUGAGCUUCACCCAGAGCUCUGCGCUCCACCGGCACCGUCGUGUCCACACCGGUGACAAACCCUUCACCUGCUCUGACUGUGGCAAGAGCUUCACCCGCAGACACACUCUCACUUCCCACCACUGCACCCACACUGGUGACCAAGCCACGCUGCAGGGCAAGCACAAAUAGUCCCAGCCUACGUCUGGGGGGGUAACUUUGCCCCCACCACGAGAAGGCCUUUCCAGCAGAUUGAACCAAAAUGGCCUCUUUUCCAGCUGCAUAUCUCAGAGGCUGGGGGCUCCAGCAGCAACAAACACCUCCUGUCCUGCUGAGCACCAAUCAGUGCUGCUGAGAAUCAUGGCAGUGCUGAGUCAGCACAGCCAGAGCUGCCUUUGGAUUGGGCUGAGCUGUGCAGGGAUUUGUCUGGUUCUUCCCCCCUAUGCUUUGUGUGUCCCUGGGGUAAAACCCCUCCUGCCCCGUGCCCAGGUGUGUCAAUAAAAGCCCACAGUGACCCAAA